UUACGCUGGUUGUAAGAAAGCUAAGGAAUGCAAUAAGCUAAACUUUAGUGUGUAUGAAGUGUUUGUCUUUGUAGAAUAAGUCCACUUUUGCUUGAGAUUGAAUAAGAGAUCAUUUCUGAUGAAUUUUUAUUUUCCUGCAACCAACUCUUCGUGGUCUGAUCAUAUAUAGGAUUUAAUGUUAUGAUUAAGUAAGUGCAUGCUUGGUAAGCUGAUUGCCAUUAAACAUGGUGGCUCAGUUCUGUCUGCCCCUCCUGUUGUAUCAUCCCUGUUGCCAUCUGUGAUGUUUGGCAUUAAGGAAUUUGCUGAUGAAAAUCUGUGUGAUUUUCAAUGACUUCUAGGAUUCACUGAAUCACAGAAUUUGUAGGGGUUAGAAGAGACUUCCAGAUAUCAUGUCCAACCUCCUUGCUAAAGCAGGUUUCCUACAGCAGGUUGCACAGAUAGGUGUCCAAACAGAUCUUGAAUGUCUUCAGAGGAGACUCCACAGCCUCUCUGGGCAGCCAUCCACUUUCAGUGCUCUAUCACUCUGACAGUAAAGAAGUUCUUCCUUACGCUAGUAUGGAACUUCCUGCGUUCCACUUUGUGCAUUUUGCCCUUUGUUAUGUUAUUACAUGCCACUGAAAAGAUUCUGCCCUAAUCAACUUGACUCCUGCACUUCAGGUACUUAUGAACAGUUAUGAGAUCCUCUCUCAAGCCUUCUCUAUUCCAGACUGAACAGUCCCAGGUCUCUCAGCCUUUCCUCACACGGGAGGUGCUACAGGCCCUUAGUCAUCCUUGUUGCCUUCCACUGGACUCUUUCUAGAAGAUUUCUGUAUUUUUGAACUGAGGAGCCCAGAUUAGUUUUCUCACAGCUUAGAUUGUGAAUCAUCUCACAGUAGAAUCAAACAAAUGCUGCUUUGACACAGGGAAAUCAGUGCUAGUACUUGUGACAUCAAACUGUUUUAUUGCCUUUAAUGUAUCCUUCUUGCCUGCUCUCUGCUCAGAGAAGUUUAAUGCAUGAGAAAUAAGAUGAAGAAGUUGUGAACAGCUGCAGUCUUAAGUAACUUGGGAGGAAGUAGACGAUGGUAGAGUAGAACUAAAAGGUUUUAAUAGGUAGAUGUAGUCAUAAGUUAUCACAGAAGAUUUUCUUCUUCGUAGUCAAAUAUUGCAAGUCAUGUCAGUUUAGCUUGUGAAGAUCAGAAUAGAAAGCUAAAUGUAAUGCUUCAUGUACGGCCAAGUCAGUGUCAGUCAUGGUUCCUGCGCUCAAAGGCUACACGUUGCUGGAAUCAGUUCUGUCAAUUCUGACCCAACACUCAGCUGUUUGCCAGCCUGUUCUACGUUGUUGGGAAAUAUGAAGCAAACAUAAUUUGUGCUGGACUGCUGCAGUAUGUAACACUUAAAAACUUAAACUAAUAUCUUAAGUUAUUAAAGAAAGUAAGGUCUCAAGUAGUAUUACUAUUCAUCCAGUGGUUUUGGAGAAAAGGAAAUUUUACUGCCAUUAAUUCAGAAAGGGCUGCUGUGGGCAGAUAACCACAAAGACUUCAAUUUGUGGUAGGUAAAAGCAAGCCCAACCUGGCAGCAGUCUGACUGACUUUUUAUCAAAGCGGGUUUGCAGUAUCCAAAUGACCCCAGGGAAUCAGUGGCAGUCUAUCAAAUUAAAGGUAUUUGCUAAUUAUGUGGGUGUUUGUUCAAAAGCAACAAAGCCACCUGCAGAGGAGCUUGGAAGGUUUAAGACUCAUUAAUUUAAGGAUCACAAAGGUUUCUGUUGAAAGUGGAAGCAACAUAUUUGCAAAACAGUAUUCCAGUUUCAUUUCACUGGGUGGUUAAACAAAUCCAGGUCUAUGGAUGUGAGAUUGAAUGGAGUAAGCCUAUCAUCAUUGAUAACUUUUGCACUGCAGGAAAUUAUUCUUAUCUACCUUGCAAGUUAAUUAUAUGGUUCUUGAAAGGAAUUUAGACUAAAUCAAUGAAGUUGCUGCAUUUUAUUUUCACACUUUAUUGUCUUCCUUAAACGGCCUUCCAGCCUUCUGUCUUGAUACAGUCAUGUAGAAUUCAAAAUAGGAAUUAUGCAUAAGUCCUACCUCUUAAAUGUUAUGAAGAUAGUAUUUCAGAUACAUUUUAGGGCCCAUUCAGCUUCCUAAGUGAAGGAAGAUCUUGCUGUGUUAGUAAGGACAGAGUCUCAAAAAUGACUGCUCUACAUUGGCUUAUCCAUUCAACUGGAGAGGGACUGAGAUAAGCUGAAGUAUAGGGCAAGGAGAUCUUAAAGACAGGAGAAGUAAAAUGGAAUGGAAGAAUAAAGGGAAAAAUUGUAGGAAUGCCAGAGAAUACUGUAAAAUAAAAGGAAAUAAUGAGAAACAAGGAAGGUGAAAUGAGGAAAUAAUGAUUUACUCGAUUUAGUUCAGUUCAAAGAAAGUUAUUAGUUCUUACAGUGUAGUUCAUAAUUCUUUUAGUAGGAACUACUACUGGUUGAAUUAUUUUUUUUGGUAAUCUUUUUAAGCUGACAAUUUUAUGAAGUUUUAAUUUUUUGUUAUUAUAAACCUUUUACAGAUGUGGAGACAAUUUCUUUUUUCAAAAUUAACCCAUUAAAUAUUCCUUUAAUGAUCUGAAAGAUUGACUAUCAGGAAAGAUAAAGACAAAAUGCAAGCUGUAGAAGCAUCUGAACACAUUUCCUCAAAAUAAAUUUCUAAGAAUGAAAUAUUAAUAUAACAACAACAAGCCCUAAAGCAUUUCUAAAUAUUACAGCAGUUCUUUGUGGUCAUAGCUGCAAGCUGUUUGAGCUGUGUUGAAAGUCUUGCAUGAUAACAUUUUCCACUUCUCCUAGUGUAGAGUCUUGUAGGUUUUUUAUUAUGAGCUGCAUCUCUUACAACUGUUUCAAAAUGUAUGGCAUGAAAUUGUUCUAAUUUCCCAUAAUUUGAAUUUCCUUGUAAGAUUUUGUUAAUCUGUUCUCAGAAAUGUUUUUGUGUGUAUAUAUUCAUGUGUAUCUAUUAACAUUUUUGAAAUGACCUUGGGGGUCAAGAGAAACAUGGAAUGGGAAGAGAAUAAACUAGAUUUCAAUUUCCUGUUUUCCAAGAGCACACAGGAAAGUUUCUUAAUUAAAUAGUAACAUAAUAAAUGUAAGUUGAUGAUAUUUUUCAGGUCUUUGGAAGGUAGGAAAAUUCCUAAUAACCAGUUGACCAAAAUUACAUAUGAUUAUUUUCUACCAAAACUGUUGUGAGUUUUUAAGAUGAAAAUAGUGCAGGGAGAACACCUUCAUAAAUUUGAUCUAAUUCAGGCAAUUGAUAUAGAUGCCUGUAGUGCAUUUUGAAGCCGUGUAGAGUCAGAAUUGAUUCAUAGGUGCCAAAAUAAUCAUCUAAACUGAAUCUCUGGCAUGAAUUAUUACUUCACAAGAACUAUGAAUGAAUUAUUACUUCACAGGAAUUAUGUUUUUAGUACCUCAACUAUGGUAACUUUUUUGCUGACUUUUCAGGUACCAUGAUAGAAGGAGAACCUGAGUAGUAGGAGUCUAGAAUAUCUUUUAGACAUGUUCUAGAAAAUUUAGAAACAAGAUGAUAAAGUUUCACGUCUGUUAGUGUGAAGUCUUUGACUAUUUGUUAUUAUGCUUGUAGGAUGUCUUGUUUUGUAAUGCAUCAGGUGAACUAUGUAAGAAAUAGUUUUCAGCUCAGAUUAAUUAAUUAUUGAAUAUUUACAAAUAUAACGCAUGAAUGUGUUUCAUGGAAACAUGAAGAAGUGUACUGUAGAAAAUACAGUUCUUUGUCUUGUGUAUUUUGCCAGCUAUGUUUUACAGAGAGAUGAGUGCAUCCAUCACUUUCUCAGUUUGAAGCAGCUUUAGGAUGGAUUUUUAUCUGCAGUAACAGAGUGUGAUUCAGUAAGAAUCCGAAAUUGAAAUGGCUUCCUUGAAUUCUGUAUUCAUACAGGAAAACAGUGUCCUAGCAGUUGUUAAUGAUGAGGUGAUUAACUUCUUGAAGUUUUUGAAAAGAAGAGUAUAAUUUUUCAAACAGAACAAAGGCUGCACUUUCUAUUGACUUUUCCAGAAACAAAGAUUCCAAUUUUUCACCAAUAGCAAAAAGGUCAUAAUUCAUUUAAUAGAAACUGUUCAAGGGAUUUUUCUGAUAUAUUUUUUUAAAAAUUGCAAACAUCUUUUUCUGCAUUGUUCACCUUCAUUAACACAAGUUGCUGACUUCCUUCCUCAGCUACAGUUCUUCCUACACUCAGAGGUCAGAAAAGAGCAAGAUCAACAAGCCACACAUCUGGCUCUCUCUCUAUCCAACUGGAACAAAGAAACAAUUUUUUUAAAUGACUUUUUGAGUUAAUUGUAAACAAUUUGGUUUUGGAGUCUCUGACUUGCAGCAAAUGUUUGUUGUAGGCGGAUGUAGGGAAAAAGGACUAUGUCCUAAUGCAAUUCCUUUGUGACCAGUGGGGAAAAAAAAUCACUUAAAAAAAAAAAAAAAAAAAAAUCUAGCAUUGAAGUAUGCUCAGAAUUUUGAGUGCAUGUAUAGGACAUUUCUCAAGCUUAAAAGUCAUGCCUUGAAGUUACAAAGAGAGAUGAAAGCAGUUGCUUAUUUCAAUUUCCUUUACUCUUUUGUACAGUAGUACUGAUUUUUUUUCACACAGAAUCACAGAAUCACCCGGGUUGGAAGGGACCCCAAGGAUCAUGUAGUUACAACCCCCCUGCCUAGCAGGGCCACCAAACAUACACAUUCAGAUCAGGUUGCCCAGGACCCCGUCCAACCUGGCCUUAAACACGUCCAAGGACGGGGCAUCCACAACCUCCCUGGGCAGCCCAUUCCAGGGCCUAACCACUCUCCUAGUAAAGAACUUCCCCCUGACAUCUAACCUAAAUCUUCCCUCCUUCAACUUAAAACCAUUUCCCCUCGUCCUGCUGUUGUCAGCCCUUUUGAAGAGUUUACUCCCCUCCUGGGUGUAGGUUCCCUUCAGGUAUUGAUAGGCUGCAAUGAGGUCACCCCGCAGCCUUCUCUUCUCCAGGCUGAACAAGCCCAACUCCCUCAGCCUGUCCUGAUAGGGGAGGUGGCUCCAGCCCCCUGAUCAUCUUAGUCGCCCUCCUCUGGACCCUUUCCAAAAUCUCAAUGUCUUUCUUGUACUGAGGGCUCCACACCUGGACACAGUACUCCAGAUGGGGCCUCACAAGAGCCGAGUAGAGGGGGACGAUCACCUCCCUGUCCCUGCUGGCCACCCCUCUCCUGAUGGAGCCCAGGAUCCCAUUUGCCUUUCGAGCUGCCAGAGCGCACUGCUGGCUCAUAUUCAGUCUCUCGUCCAUCAGGACCCCCAGGUCCUUCUCUGCCGAGCUGCUCUCUUUUCAUUUUAUUUUCAGCAGUUGCAUGUGCAUGUACAAACUGACAGUGAUAAAAGAAUGGGGGCAAACAAUAGAACAAACCUAUUUUAAAUUGAGAGUUCUGAUCAAAUGCUUUUUUCUUGUAUUUAUAUUUCUAAAUGCUUUUACUCUAAUAAACUUCUGUUAAAAAAAACUAUACUUACUCUAAUUUAUCAUUAAGUAACAUCUUGAAACCCAACCCUUAAAUAAUUACUAAAACAUAACCAUUGGAAAGUAAGAAUGGUGUUUAUUAUUUUUCACAUACCUUUUAGCAUCAGUUAACAUCAACUUAUCUGGUCUAUAAGAUUUACUUUUCUUUUAAUAAACGUUUUAUCUAAAAGUGAAGUAAACACCAGAUGUGUCUCCUGAUGUUUUUAGGUUUUACAAUUGUAAAUAUUAAAUUACUGGUGUAUAUCAGUUCUGAAAUCCCAGCUACUUCUUAAAUACUUUAUUAUACCUUUAUGAAUCUAAUUUGUGCUUGUAUUACUCCAAUAUUUUUGUUCAUUUAAUAUGCCUUUCUUAUAUGAUAGCCUUAUUUCUAACCUGAUCAUUCUGCUAGAUAUUUGCAAAUGUCUAGGCGCAAAGAAUAAAUGGUUAAUGCUGAUUCACUAAUAGACUGGACUGUUUGGAAUUAUCCCUAAAUUUCUGACAAACAUAACUAAAAUCCUCCAAAGAAAAUGUUUUCUAUCAAUUUGUUUCUAGGAGGAAAAAUGAGCUUUAUUAUGGUUAUUUUUUUGUCAAAUUUACGUGUUUGAGUUGAUAAUGCCACUUAGUGGAUAAUGACCUUAACUACAGUCUGCAGAAACAAACCGAGUGUGAAACAAAGUGAAAGAUAUCUUUCUUUGUGUUGUAGUCUUUUUCCUGGCUAGAAUCUGCCGACUGUUGCAUGUUUUCAAAGAACCUUCCGUUCUCCCCAUUUUUUGAAGUCCAUGCUAAUCAAUUCAGGUUCUUAAUGAAACGUGUUAAAAAGUGAGAGUCAUUUAUUACAUAAUACUAAAGCUAGAAGAAAAAAUCUUUUUAUUUGUCAUUUCAUUUAAAAUAUUAAAUACUCUUGGUCCUCUUGUAUUCAUCCUUUAGUGACUGAAAAUGGUUGUAGGCUGAUUAUAUUGGUGUUUUGAGGAAUUUUUCGUUUUUAGCAUUUGUGGUUGGAGGAUUGGAUGGCUGGACAAGCCAUGGCCUUGAAGAAGCAUUUUUUAUGUAACGUCUCAUGUUUUUCUGAAGUUUUUAAUUGCACUGCUUUCAUUAGUCAGUAAGUUGAAUUAAGUACAGUAAUGUACAGUAAUUAAGUACAGUAAAAUACUGAUCGAAUCAAAGGAGAAAGAAGAAAACAACAUUAAAUUUCCUGUCAUGUUCCACUGCUUUAUUAUAGAUUGACUUAAAUUUUCACUGACUUAAAUAACAACAUUUGUGUAUCAUGAAAUUGGGAAUAAUUGAGGGUUUUUCUGCCUCACCCCAUCCUCCAAAGAGCUCACAGUAAGGAGGUAGCACAAACCUCAGUUUUAUGUCUCUGAGAUGAAUGCAAUCACAGCCUUUCUCCUGUGGCCGGAGCAGAAAGAGCAUAGCCAGCAGAUGAAGGGAGGCGGCCCUCCCUAUCUCCUCUGUCCUGGUGAGGCCACCUCUGGAGUACUGUGUCCAGUUCUGGGCUCCUCAGUUCAAGAAAGACAGGGAACUUCUAGAGAGAGUCCACAGAGGUGAUAAAGGGCCUGAAGUAUCUCCCAAAUGAGGAAAGGCUGGGAGUCCUGACCGGGGAUCUUAUCAGUGCUUAUUUGAAUAUCAAAGGGCGAUUGGCAAGUGGAUGGGGCCAGCUCUUCUCAGCAGUGCGCAGUGACACAAGAGACAGUGUUCACAAACUGAACGUAGAAAGUCCUGUAAGAACAUGAGAAAAAACUUUGCUGUGAGGAUGACGAAGGCUCUGGAACAAGUGAACCAGAGAGGCUGUGGGUGCUUUUCCUCUGCGGAAAUUUGGAACUUGCCUAGGCAUUUUCCUGUGAGACUUGCUGUAGGGUACCUUCUUUAGCAGGGGGUUGGACUUGAUCAUCUUCAGAGGUCCCUUCCAACCCCUACGAUUCAGUGGUUCUACAAUUUCUUUGUAUCACUUCUGUUUAGGUGUGAAUGGAAAGUUAAUUACAAUUGAAAAUUAAGCGAGGUUCUUGGGUCCUUACUGAGUAAAACUUAUAAAAUUUUGCUCUAAACCUAAUUAUGGUGUUUUUUUCCAUAGUUCUAAAAGGCACAAAUUGCCUAUCAAACAUCACAACUCAAAAAAGGCAGUUAAAAAAAAAAAAAAAGUUGGAUAGAACUAACUUCCUACAUUUUGAUUACAGAUAAUUGGCUUUUUAAAGCUAGUGUCUCUCAUCCUGUGCAUCUAAUUUUGAGUCAGAAACUACAAAAGGAAAACCAGAUUUCUUCUUUUUCAACUUAUAGUCUGCCUCUAAGCUUCAAAACAAGCAGUACUAAUAGAAACUUGAAUAAUUGUAGACAGACUUUCUGUUCAUAUGUAGAGUACACAGGUACUGUCAAAGACUCGAUGUAGCAUGUUACAUGCAAGUUGAGAUGUCUCAUUCAUAGCUCUCACUGCAUUGAAUGCUUCAGGAAAAAUGGUGGUUUUCAUACUUUUAAAUGUAAAUUUACAGUUGGUUUUAAACUAUGUUACGAGUUAAAGAAAUAGGGAAUGGGAAACCAAUGUAAUGGGUUUUGAUCUUGAUAUUCAUUCUGCAAUUUGAUUAGUUUGGCUUUAGUUAGAAAAUGAAGUAAAGGUAGAGGCUAAGUUCAUCCACUGUUACUGUAGUUCUGGUCCCUAUAAAAAUUCAGUUCUGUGUGUGCAUCUUCUGAAGAAGUAAGCUAGCACUGGUAGUUCAGUGCAAAUAUAAAUUAGUAAUUACAUCUAGACAAGCAGUGGCAUCUUAAGCAUGAAGAUCAUAAGCAUUUCAGAUAAAAUGUGACUAGUUUUUAUUUAGAGCGUAUGUUUUCAUGCGCUUUGUGUAAAACUUCUUCUUUCAUAGUGCAGUGCUGUACAGUGUUGUGUAGAUUAAAAACACUCAGGUGUGUCUCCGGUUGAGAUUUCCAUUCAGACAGUAGAGGGCACCACAUCACCAACAAAAGCUUCCUGGGUUUGUGUUAUCUUUAUUCGAGUGAAGCCAUGUUGAAUGAGCAAACGUCUGUAGUCUGGUCUGUGAGUUUUAAAUGUCUCCUUCACAGGAAAUCCACUGAGUAGCAUUGUAGGGUUGUCAAAACAACUGUACAAUGUUCACUUUUGUCCAUAUGUCUAACUUUGCUCACAUCACUGAACAAUGCUGUUUUCUUUGUAUAAUAUGCCUCUAUAGGCAUGUGCAUCUUGUAAUGUGAAGGGAAUAAGCUGUUGUAAAUGAGUUUGUGAUUAAUCAUCAUGAAAAUUUGUCAGCUAAGUAAAAAUAGAUUUUAUAGGGAAGUAGAAUGAAGUCACUGUGCAUCGAUUUUUAUUGUCUUAACAAAAAGAUAUCCCACAAAUCUCAUUGCUAAAUUAAGAGUAGCUUCUUGUAGUUAUUUAAAUUAAUUAUGGUGAAGCCUCUCAGGGUCAGUCAGUAUGUUGUUUCAAUUUUCAUUUCCACUAUCUAAUGGAAUUUUUAAUUAAAAGGAUGGAGUUUUAAUUCAGUGCCAUUCACAGUACUCUUCCCUUAUUUGUCAUUGUAUGGAAUUUGCAGAUUUGUUAAAAUACAAAAAAAAAGUUGCAGCACAAAAAUGUUUUUGGCAUUCUUUGCAUAUAAAAGUAGGAAAUGGAUUUCCUAGAGGAUGUGCUCCUUAAAGUAUUAGGCACGAUACAAGUGCUUAAUAAUACAAGAUUUAUAUUUCCAUAAUUAAGAGGGCUAAUAUACUUGCCUAGUAACUGAAUAUAAUUUUUAAGGCAGGAUAUUUUGUGGAAAUGCCAUGGUCUUGAGAUUUCCCUGUAAGUUUUAAUGAAUUGGGAGUCUAAUGGGGAAGAAUGAAAGUUAAUAAAAUAAUAUCAGAAGGAAUAAAAAAAAAAUGGCACGAAGCUAAUUAAGCUAAAGGGAAGAGUUGCUGGAAUUCAUGCAUUUCUAUAGCUUCUGCCUAAUUACAGAUUACACUGUGGCUUUGGAGAAGACACAUUCUGCAAUAUAUUCAAUAUAAUCCCCAUUCCCUAACCCUGACUAUAAAAUCAAUCCUUGAAAAAUGUCAAAUUUAGUACUUUUCUAAUCUGCUUUAUGUUUAAUUUAUUGUCCAGUAUAACGAUGAAGUAAUUUUUCUCAGUCUCUCUGAUUACCAGACCAACUGCAUGUGUAGGUUUUUAUUUCAGACACUUGCACUGGAUUUUCUAUGAGCAUUCUAUGAGCAUGUGAAAUACUCUGGCAUAGUUAGAAGGCUGAAAAAUUGGAAGACAUUAAAAGGUAGAAAGAGCAACAAUAAUAGCUUUUUUUCUGUGUUUCUAGUUUUUCAUAUGUGUUCACAUUUUGGUAAUAAUUUUUGUGAGAGAAGACAAGAAGAAAAUUCUGAGAAGAGUGGCUGUGACUUCUCUUAGAGUAUUUGUGAAACAAGUUCAAUUCCUCCUGAAAAAAGAUGAAAUGGUUUCGUUUUGAAGGAUGUAACUCUUAACACUAGCUAAACCUGUUCUGCUUCUAUUAAAGGCAUCUCAUUUCCAUGCAUCAAUUUGGUAACCAUUCCUGCUUUGCUUACCUGAUAUCAUCAACUGAUGGAGUAUGGGGAGAUUGAUCCCCUUUCUGGUGUUUUAAGCAUCUGUGGAAGUGAUUCAUUGGAUUACAGUUACUGUACUUUGCACAUUCAGUACAACACUACUGAAAAUUACAACAGUAUUUUUUUCAUUUCAAACAUAAUUUUUAUUCUAAUUAUUUCAUUGGUUUCCAUUCUUUUUAUUGGUCUAUGAGUCAGAAUCUAGAUAUUUUGGUUUUCUGGUUUUCAUUCUUUCAUGAAGGCUUUUUGACAUGAUACACUUUGAAAAUACAUAGGUGUUCUCUUCAAAGUGUAUUCAGAUGUGAGGGUUGGCAUGUUGAAAAAUUCCAUUAAAAAGCAGCAAGUUCAUCUGAGGUAACCCUUUUUUUUUCACUUUCUGAUUUUAGUGAAACCACAAGCCAAGCUCUUAAUUCUUGGGGCUAUAAAUACUCGUAUUCUUGGCCAUCUCUUCUAACAUUUUGUGAUUAUUUAAAAAUCCAUUUGUCGUUACAAACCAUUUGUUAUCUUCUUCUAACUUGCCUCACCUUUCUUAUAGUUGUUAAUUGUGUCCUGCAAGCUACCUAUUAGUUGACAGUAAAAGCUCUUGGCUUGAAGCAUUAUUUAUCUAGGAACUAUUAUAAAUUAAUUGUUCAAAGCAGAAGCUAUUCUUUUAUCUUGGGUUGCUUUUACUUUGAGCAACAUUUUUCUUUUAUUCUACUUUCCAUUUUUUUGCAUCAGUUUUGGGGGAUAGAAUUUAGUUGGAUUUUUUCUGUGUAUAUCCAUCACCUGAAUAAGGAAAUGAGACACUGUUAUUUCUUUGCUUAUUUGUACUACAGUCACUCUGUAUGCUUUCGCUCUAUGGAUGACUCCAAGGACUCCGUAUUUCCAUUUUCUAGGAGUUAGUCUUCCACAAGUGCUUUAGAAGAGAAAAUGUUUUUAAUAUGUUUAUUGCAAAGGAUAAGAAGCAAAAGCAAAAAUGUUAGUAAUAGAGUUGACAAAUGCUAGAAAUGAUUCUUUUAAAUCUUCCUUACUUUCCCAAACAAAAAAAAAUGAGUGAUAAGAGUUUUCUUCAGAAAACAAAGUAUGUUAUCAUUGCUAAGAAACUUUGAUGUUUAGUCAGGAUUUUUUUUCCAUUAUCAUUUCAUUCUGUAAGUCAGUAAACUAUUUUCUAAGUUGUGCGAUUCUGCAUUGUUGUAAUGGAGCAGUGCAGGAAAUUACAUAGGUGAGCAUCACGACAACUUGAAAUUGGGUGUUUUGAUCUAAGAGAUCUUGGGUUCAGAUGGUGCUAUAUUUUGUUUUGGUUUUUAUAUCACAGUUAAUUAUUCAUGCAGUAAGGUCAGUUACACUGCUUUAAUGAUAGUAAUAAGCUUAGUACACUGCAGUUCCCUCAGACUGUGGAUGCAUGCAUACAUCAGUGCAGCUAUUCCAUUGGAAGUCAUCAUUCCUAAUUACUGAUUGCUGCUCCUGAGCUUGGGAGUCUCUAUUUCUCCUGAAACUCCCAGUGGAGCUUCUCAUGAGAACCCUCCCAGCCCCAUUUAGUUAGGAUGGUCUAAAUGAAUUUCAGCAGUAGGUAUUUGCUGAUCCAACUCAUUUUCACAAAAGCCUUUUAGACUAUGUUUAUGUACAUGGGCAGAUUUAGGAAAUUAUAUAUGGUGGAGGAGCACUGAUCAACAGUAAAGGGUUGAGCUGAUCCAUGUGCCUUUUUUCCCUAGAACACUAUUUAAAAACUUUGUAUGUCUGCGUGUGGCCAUUGUGAUACUGCUGUUUUUGAGUUUGUGCUGAUGUGAAUUCAUCCUGUCAAGUCAGAUGAAAUAACUUUAUUAAAAUUUACUUCUUCUUAGCAAUGUGUAUAAUAUUGUAGCUAUCAAUUAAAAAUGGUGCAGAGCUUCACAAUUUAAAAUUAGGCAGUGACUUAAAACAGUAAAUCCACAAAUAUUUUGAAGAUCUUAAAAAAAUAGUUUAGCGUUUGACAUACAAAACUGAGUUGAUGACACCCUGUGUGAAAGUUGAUGACAUUUUCAACACAGGAUUUCAGUAUAUCUGAGAGUGUAGAUAGUACCAUGUCAGAUUUGAAGGAUUGAUUGGUGGGGAGCUAUGUCAGUGUUUUAUUUUCCACAACUCAAAAAUAAAUUGAUUGAUUUACUGUAAGAGAAGGAAUUUAUAGCAAUACUUCUAAAAUGUCUGAACUAAAUUACCGAAAUUUUGGGAGCAAAGUGAUGCAACAGAAAACCAUCCUAUGGUAUUUUAGUUUUGAAGCUCAGCACUUUAAAAAAUGCGAGUGAAUAAUGAUGUGUGAAACACAAAAUUCUAAAUGUACGCUCUUGUUCACAAAUUUCUUACAUUUUACUUGCAUCUGUGUGCAACUAAUUAAAUAUUGAGCAUUGAAUAAGGACUAACGAGCUUUCAGCUGUCAGCAGUACUUCGGAAAAGUAUUUUCAGUGUUCAUAGUUCAUAUAUUUAUAUUAGGGUAAGCUUUGAUCAUUUGCAAAGGUAGAAAAUUGAAAAUGCAAACAUUGUUGUGUCUGCAUAUCAUCAUUUUAAAGCAUACUGAUAAAAGGUUAUGCUCAGAGGGAUUUGGACACUAAAGAGAAGCUGUUAUCAUUUAGGAGUAUCAUGACAGCAGUGUUUUUAUGCAUGCAUUGAGUCUUAUUUCAUCAUUUGAACUGAUUUUGCAGUAAGUAAAAGAAAAUGCUUUCUAGUUUAAUGAAAUGAAAUUUUGAAGUCUCUAGAUUAAGCCUUUCUAAUUUGCUACUGUGCAUUAGUUUUAUGUUUACAUUUUUGUCACAACUGUAGUUUAUAAACUGACUCACUGAGAAUUUAUGCCGCUGAUUGCUUUGAAAUCUCAUUAGAAGUUAUGGAAGUGUUUUGCAGUUCCUGAGGUUUGAAAAGCAUUAUGUUAUUUCCAGGGAAAGACAGUUUGAAAGAUCUAAGCUGUGGAAGCAGAAAGCUAUGAAGAAUAAAAUAAUGCAUCUUGGGAUAGAGGAAUAUGCUUAUUAAUGUUUCUAUUAAGAUGAAGAUUAGUCUUCUGAUACAGAGUUAAAAACAUAAUAUUGAAUGAUGUUCAAUAUGUUCAAAUGUUACUUGGAACUAGACUUGCUUUUGGUUUUGCUUUUAGAAAGCCAAAUAAGGAACUAUUUUGAAUCAUUAAAAAAAUGAAGCUUAUUUAUUAAAUGUUUGAGCCACGACUUCUAGAUGUUGGUCUUCAGUAUCACUUAUUUUUCGUUUUUUUUGUGUAUAUUGAAAAUGGUAAUGUCAAGCCACUGCCUUUAAGAUAAUUGGAAAUUGUAGUUUAACCCUGAAAAUUGAUGUAAAUUUUGUGUCUGGGUUCUUGUUUAGUACUUUCAAAAUCUGGAUUCGUUUUCUGUAUGAGGAUUGUAGGAAAGGAUAAGAAAAUGAAAAGCUGAAAAAUGUAGUAGAAGUUCAGGAAAAAUAUGUUAGAAAUCUCCACAGCUAUGAUGUGAUAUGGUUCUUUAAGAAGGAACUGAAACCAAAAACUGGGCACAUGACCUAAAGCUAUUCAAUGCAAAUAAGAGUGCUUAGCCUCAGUUUUUGGCAAAGGGAACAGUUUUCUUGGUGUUCGAAACAUGCUGUCAGCUAAACCAGUCUCCGGAUGCAGAGCUAACUUUGACAGCAGAAGAAAUGAUUGGAUUAUCUCUGAAGACUGAAGGCAAUGAGGUUUGCUGGGAUGGGUAAUCUUCUUAAGGUCCUUACCAGGGAAAUUGAAAACUAUCCACAUUUUUUCCUGGAUUUUGAAAAUGCCCAGCCCACAGAUGGAGAAAGAGAAGUAUGGAAUCAGAUCAGUGCAGUUUUACAGGACUCAGAAAGUAUGCUUGCAGAUCUUCAGGCUUACAAAGGAGCUGGACAAGAAAUUAGAGAUGCAAUACAAAACCCCAAUGAUAUCCAGUUGCAAGAGAAAGCAUGGAAUUCAGUGUGUCCUCUGGUCGUGAGGCUGAAGCGCUUUUAUGAAUUUUCACUGCGAUUAGAAAAGGCCUUGCAGAGCUUACUGGAAUCUUUGACAUGCCCACCUUAUACUCCAACUCAACACCUGGAACGGGAACAGGCUCUGGCUAAAGAGUUUGCAGAAAUCUUACAUUUUACUCUUCGUUUUGAUGAACUUAAGAUGAGAAACCCAGCAAUUCAAAAUGACUUCAGUUAUUAUAGGCGCACAAUAAGUCGCAACAGGAUUAACAACAUGCAUCUAGACAUCGAGAAUGAAGUCAACAAUGAAAUGGCCAAUAGGAUGUCCCUGUUUUAUGCAGAAGCAACACCGAUGCUGAAGACACUCAGUAAUGCAACUACACAUUUUGUAUCAGAAAACAAAACAUUGCCAAUUGAAAAUACAACAGACUGCUUAAGUACUAUGGCUAGUGUAUGUAAAGUCAUGUUGGAAACACCGGAGUACAGGAGUAGAUUCACCAGCGAAGAGACUCUUAUGUUCUGCAUGAGGGUAAUGGUGGGAGUUAUCAUACUGUAUGAUCAUGUUCAUCCUGUGGGAGCUUUCUCAAAGACAUCAAAGAUUGAUCUAGUGCAAUUCAUGUAUUAUUGUUCAGUAGUGGCAUGCUUCUGUUCCCAGAUGAAGGGAUGCAUAAAAGUUUUAAAGGAACAACCACCUGACACUGUGGAAGGACUUCUGAAUGCUCUCAGGUUCACUACAAAACACCUGAAUGAUGAAUCUACUUCCAAACAAAUCCGAGCUAUGCUGCAGUAGUGUCCUGAGACAACUUAGAUGUUUGUAUUGACCACAGAAGAUGUGUAUGUUUACAUAAUUUAAUACAGUUUGAUGUUAAUACUUGUGUGUAUUUACAUAACCAUUUUCUUCACAUUGCUAAAAUAUAUGAACCUGUAGUCAUUACCCAACUGAUUAUAUAUAAUGCAGCCUAAGUUUAUAUGCUAGCCUUUAUCUUUUGACCUUUAAAAUACUUUUUUACUUAGAUACUUUAGCUGAAACAGUUUAUCUGUGCAUUUUAAUUCUUAAAUGCCUUCUCUGGAAGAUAAAAAGGAAAUCAGAUAAACUGAAAUGUCAACGUUGCCAUAGGAGAUGAACUUCAAAGGAGGAGAAAGUUAAUAAAAGAGAAAGUAAAAUUGUAGGUAUAGGAGAAUACCUGAAUGUUCAUCAGCUUCAUUAAAUAUGUUGUUUUUCCUGUAACUAGUGGAGAUCUAUCUAAUUUUAAGGGUUAUGUGCUGGCCAACAUCCAAAAAUGUAUUGUAAAGAGGUCAUUUUGCUUCUCUUAAUAUGUUUAGCCUGUUCUUUUCCAUCACUGGGAAAAUUAAUACGUUUUCAGAUAUUAUAUAAAUAAAUAUAAAGUGUAUUUCAAGACCAUUGCUAGAUUCUGAAAACUCUGAUUAAUUUUAUUAGAUUUAGAAAGGUAAGGGAAAAUGCUGAUGUCUUUAAAAGAGAAGGUUUUGCUGUGUAAACACAUAAUGGCAAACAUCUGUUAGAGACAGCUCUUCUAUUAUUUUUGCUAAUACAAGGUUGAAUAAAGGAGAACACUCUUUUGUAGAGUAGACUUGCCUAGUCUCAAAUUGGUCUAAUUAGACUAGGGAUGAUACAAAGAAUUUUCAAGACCUGAGCUGUUCCUAAGCACUCGGUCAAUUUCCUUGAUGGUAAUAUUCAUCAGCUGAUUCAGAAUCAGCACGGAUAUGUUUCAGCUCACUGCUUUUCACUAUUUUUCUAGGUGUGAUUGAUGCUUCAAGGAGUUGAUUUCCUUACUCAGUUGUUCUUACUUUCUAGCAAUUCUCUCCAGUAAAUGGAAUAGAAAUAUUUUGCCAAAAGCAGCAAAGUGCUUGUGCUCUAUUAAAUGUCUUCUCUGAGUGAUCUGCAAUUGCUGUACAUAUUCUUGCAGAGGUCACAUUCUGAAAAUAUGUUCAAUUGUGUACUUUGCAUAUGUGCAUGAAAACUCCAGUGCUUGUGCACAGGUUCAGAUUUGUUUAUUCUUCUGUACGUAAUCAGAGGUUGUGUGCUGUCACUGGAAUUUUUAUGCUUUUCACUUCUGGAAAAUAUUAACCAUAAGAGUUUGAAGAUGCAUUUGGUCUGCUAAAACUCAGCUGCACUGUUACAAAUUUAGCCAAUCAACUCUGUCCUUAAAAAGUAUUAACUUUCAUAAGUUCUUUAGAAUUGCGUUAGAGUUUAUUUGUGAGCAGAAUUAUAUGAGGCUUCUCAGAUGUCAUGAGAACCCACAGAUGUUAGCAUUAUACACAUAACAAUGCAGGAGAGCACUGCAACUGUAGAGGUCGUUUCAUGGAUCUGCAAUUUUAGCAGAUCACUGUUAUCAUCGGGAACAGAAUUAGAAAUUGCUAAUUGUUUUUCAGAAGCAGUGCUCACACUACUAUUUUAUAGUAGUAAAGUCACUGUUUACAAACUCCAUUUUUAAUGGGGAGGCAUUUACAAAUAUAUAUUAGGGGAAAUUCUGUUUUGUUCUUGUCACUUUCAGUUAGUUAAAUCAACAUGAAUUACACAUCAUUCUAUUGACUUUUGGUAUCUAAUUUUAAUACAUGCUUACCUGCAAUCACUUGUCAAGCAAUGAAAUCUUUAUGUUGCCCAGAGGAAUGAUAUUCAUCACUUAUGUAAUAAAAAUGUAAACUUUAAAGCAUUCUGCAAGUUGUUAUGUGCUGUUUGCUGAAAAAACUGAAUUUCUUUGCCUGCUGUGAUGUUUUUGUACAGAAGUUUGUUGGAAAUAAUAAAAAGUUUGGUACAGUAA